UAUAACACAUGUAGAAACCUUUUUCAGUACUUAAAUAUGAAGAGUUCACUAAAGUCUUCUCUUUUGCUCUGCCACAUAUUCUUGUUUUCCCUUCUUCCAUUAAAGAUCAUAGCUUCACCAAGAACACAAGCAAAAGCUCUUAUACAAUGGAAGAACAACUUGUCUUUUUCACCACCUUCUCUAAAUUCAUGGUCCACCAACAAUAUUGGCAAUCUCUGCAAUUGGACUUCUAUCACCUGUGACAGCUCCACGGGAAUUGUGUCUGAAAUCAACCUCAGCAAUGCAAACAUCACCGGAUCACUAGCCCAAUUCAACUUCAACCCAUUUCCGACUCUGACCCACUUUGACCUCCACAAUAAUAAUCUUGUUGGAUCAAUACCACCAGCUAUUGGUAGCCUAUCCAAGCUCACUCACCUAGACUUGAGCAACAACAAUUUGGUAGAUAUUGUGCCAGUGGAGAUAGGGCAAUUGACAGAGCUUCAGUAUCUCAGCUUGUUCAAUAAUAGUCUCAACGGCAGCAUCCCUUAUCAAGUUAGUCAUCUUCAAAAGGUAUGGUACUUAGACCUUGGAUGGAAUUACUUGACAGAUCCUGAUUGGUCCAAGUUCUUAGGCAUGCCUUUGUUGUUUCAUCUUGGAUUUUCAAAUGAUGCACUAAUAUCAAUUUUCCCUCCUUUCAUCACCAAUUGUCGAAAUCUUACUUUUCUAGACCUGUCAAUCAAUUCCUUAACUGGCCCAAUACCAGAAUCAGUGUUCACCAAUCUAGUUAAACUUGAGGCCUUCAAUCUAAGUCAUAAUUCAUUUGAGGGUCCACUACCAUCAAACAUUUCCAAGCUUUCUAAGCUUGUAGCUCUUCAUCUAGGAGCCAACAAAUUUAGUGGUCCAAUUCCUAAGAGUAUAAGUCUCUUGUUUGAGCUUGACAUUCUGGAAUUAUAUGAAAAUGCUUUAGGAGGUAUCAUUCCAUCUUCUUUUGGUCAACUAAAGAAACUCAAGAAACUUGAUCUUCAUUCUAACUCUUUCAAAUCUACCAUUCCUUCUGAGCUUGGUUCUUGUACCAAUCUCACCUUUUUGACCUUAGCUGGAAAUCGACUCACUGGUCAAUUACCUCUAUCCUUCUCCAAUCUGAUUAAAAUCUCUGAGUUGGGUUUGUCUGAAAAUUUUCUUUCCGGUCAAAUCCCACCCUUUCUUAUUGGUAAUUGGACCCAAUUAAUCUCAUUGCAGCUUCAAAACAAUAAAUUUGUUGGCAAGAUUCCAUUUGAAAUUGGCUUAUUAAGAAAGUUGAGGAUUCUCUAUUUGUAUAACAACAAGCUUUCAAACACCAUUCCCUCAGAGAUAGGGAACCUGAAAAAUCUUAUAGAGUUAGACCUUUCAGGAAACCAGCUUUCUGGCUCAAUUCCUUUAACUCUAUGGAGUCUCACAAGCCUUCAAAAGCUGCAACUUUUCUUUAAUAAUCUCAGUGGCACCAUCCCUCCAGAGAUUGGAAAUAUGGCAUCUCUACAAUCUCUUGAUCUCAACACAAACCAACUACAUGGGGAAUUGCCAGAGAACAUUUCCCACCUUAGCAAUUUAGGUGCAAUCUCAUUGUUCACUAAUAAUUUCUCUGGUAGCAUCCCUAAAGAUUUUGGGAAAUACAGUCCCUCUUUAUGGUAUGUGAGCUUCUCAAACAAUAGCUUUUCUGGAGAACUUCCACCUGAAUUGUGUAGUGGCCUCCUUCUUGAAAAUAUCACUGUCAAUGACAACAAGUUCAUUGGCUCUUUGCCAACUUGCCUUAAGAAUUGUACAAGGUUAAAAAGGGUUCGAUUUGAUAGGAACCAAUUUACAAGUGACAUCACAACUGCAUUUGGGGUGCAUCCAUUCCUAAAUUAUAUUUCUCUCACUGAAAAUCAAUUUAUUGGUGAAAUUUCUCCACAACUGGGGCAAUGCCAAAAUCUCACAGCUCUACAAAUUGACAGAAAUAGAAUUUCUGGCCAAAUACCUGUAGAGCUUGGCAAAUUGAACCGGUUGGGUGUUCUAAGUCUCAGCUUCAAUAGUUUAUCCGGCAAUAUUCCUGAUGAACUAACAAAUUUAAGCUUGUUAUUCAAACUAAAUUUGAGUAACAAUCAUCUGACUGGAGAGAUACCUCAAAAUAUAGGAGAUUUGUCGAAUCUUCAAGUUCUUGAUUUGUCAGGGAACAACUUGAGUGGGAGAAUACCAAGAGAAAUUGGAAAUUUUAAAAAAUUACUAAGCUUGGAUUUGAGCCACAACAAGCUAUCUGGUAACAUACCACAUGAGCUUGGAAACUUAAUUUUUAUUCAAAUCACACUUGAUCUAAGCAGCAAUUCACUAUCAGGAGCAAUCCCCCCAGAUCUGUCAAAGCUUGUAUCACUGGAGAACCUUAAUGUUUCACAUAAUCAUCUCUCUGGCACUAUUCCAGCUAGCUUGUCUAACAUGAUUAGUCUCGUCACAUUUGAUUUCUCCCAUAAUGAGUUGACAGGUCCAAUACCGACUAAGGGUAAGUUUCAAAAUGCUUCCAGUGAAGCCUUUGUUGGGAACCUAGGUUUGUGUGGAAAUGUUGAUGGAUUGAUUCCUUGUAGUUCAAGUUCCAACAACAGUAAGUCCAGCAAGAUUAAUGCCAUGAUUCUUAUUAUUGUCCUUGUUCCUGUUUGUGCCCUUUUAGUUUCUAUGAUGAUUCUACUAUAUCAUGGUUAUAGCAAGCUAAAUGAUGAAGAGGCUAAAAGUAGUAAAAGCCCUCAGAGUUUUGAGACAAUGAUAUGGGGAAGGGAAACGAAAGUCACAUACGGUGAAAUUGUAAGAGCUACAGAAGAUUUUGAUGAUAAGUAUUGCAUUGGGAAAGGAGGAUUUGGAAGUGUUUACAAAGCCUUACUAUCCAAAGAUCAAGUAGUUGCUGUUAAAAAGCUCAAUAUACCAGACUCUAAUGAUAUCCCAGCUACAAAUCGCCAAGGUUUUGAGAAUGAGAUUCGUGUUCUAACAAAAGUUAAGCACCGGAACAUCAUCAAGCUACAUGGAUACUAUUCAACAGGGGGAUGCAUGUAUUUGGUUUAUGAUUACAUUGAGAGAGGAAGUUUGGCAAAUGUACUAUAUGGAGUUGAGGGAGAUGUGGAGUUGGGAUGGGUUGCAAGGGUGAGAAUUGUGCAAGGAUUAGCUCAUGCUCUUGCAUAUUUACAUCAUGAUUGCUCUCCCUCCAUUAUUCACCGAGAUAUCUCCUUGAAUAACAUCUUGCUUGAGUCAGAGCUCGAGCCAAAACUCUCAGAUUUUGGCACUGCAAGGUUAUUGGAUCCAAAUUCUUCUAAUUGGACAACAGCUGCUGGAUCUUAUGGCUACAUGGCACCAGAGCUUGCACUCACAAUGCGAGUGACAAAUAAAUGUGAUGUUUUUAGCUUCGGUGUAGUAACAUUAGAAGUUAUGAUGGGAAAGCAUCCAAGGGAGCUUUUAAACUAUUUAUCAUCAACAACAUUUUCACUAGAAAACAAAGAAGUGCUUCUGAAAGAUGUGUUAGACACUCGACUUCCAUCCCCCAUGGGCCAAAUAGCAGAGGAAGUUGUGUUUGUUGUCAAGAUAGGCUUAGCUUGCACGCGUUUAAGGCCAGAGUCUCGACCUACCAUGCAUUUUGUGGCACAAGAAUUGUCAGCAAGAACACAAGCCUACUUAGUAGAAUCACUAGAGACGAAAGCCAUUAACAAGCUUACUGGCCAUCAAAAAUAGAAUGAAAGAUCAAUAAACUGUGUCUAAGUUG